CAGUGUAUUGGUGGCUGUAGCGGAUCUACCGCCAGUGACUGCACAGCCUGUCGGCAUUUCCUACAUCUAGGUGUAUGCGUGGGACGGUGUCCAAAUGGAACAUUCCAGUUCAAGAAUCGUCACUGCAUCACGGGAGAGCGUUGUCCAUCUGGAUGGAGGUUAUUCAAUGAGAAAUGUACCGAGGAGUGCCCGGGUGGUUACAUGCCAGACUUCAAUGAUAGCAGACAUUGUCUACCAUGUACUGGAACCUGCCCUAAAGUAUGUAAGGGCAAGACCAUCCAGUCUGUGGAGGAUGCGGCUGAUAUGAGAGGAUGUACCUACGUGCAUGGAACAUUGACCAUCAGCGUUCAUGGAAGAGGCAAUGUGUUGAAAGAAUUGGAGAGAAAUUUGGGCAUGAUUGAGGUAAUUAGUGAUGCCUUGAUUGUCCGCAGGGCCAACUCUCUUGUGAGCCUCAACUUCCUCAGGAAUCUUCGGAAGAUAGAGGGGCGUGAUGGAGGACUUGAAAUGGAUCAAUACUCCCUCUACGUCCUGGCAAACAACAACCUCCAGCAACUCUUUGACUUCUCCCAGCAUCCGAACAUCACCAUCGUCAACGGAAAGUUCUUCUUCCACUACAACCCCAAGCUGUGCUACUCUGAGAUCGAGGAGCUUCACAAUCUCACCGGCAUCAAAGAGCCGCUUAGUAACGUUGAUGUCUCGCUCUCGUCCAACGGAGACCAAGUAGCUUGUAACACUCAUCGUUUGAAUCUACAGUUUAAUUUCUUUGGCACGUUUCUGAUGGUCCAUUGGUCGCCACCCAAGGGCAAAGGAGAUGUGCGUGAGAUCGUCGGUUACAUCCUAUCAUAUCGCGAAGCACCCCAACGAAACGUGACGGAGUUAGACGGUGAGGAUGCCUGCGGAACCAGUCUUUGGGAGGUUCAGUACAUCCCACCGACCGAAACAUCUACCUUCGUCUCUAACCUCAAACCAUGGACACAGUACGCGUUCAUGGUACGAACGUACACCAUCGCCGGGGCGCAGUUCAGUGCCAGGAGUAACAUUGAGUAUCGUUUGACACCGGAAGCAAAGGCUUCCCCUCCUAGCAGCUUGAAGGUCAUCUCCAAUUCCUCCUCCGAGCUCAUCGUCACCUGGAAACCACCUGAACAUCCCAACGGAAACCUGACACACUACAUCAUCACGUGGGAACCUCAGUACUUGCCCAUACAUCAGUUUGACGAUAGAGAUUUCUGCCGAGAAAAACUUCCAAAUCUGCGGAAAUCUGAGUCGAGCACCGAGAUGGAGACGUCUGAAGAUGAGGAUACCAACACCACGAUGGUAGGAGCAGGAUGCUGUAUGUGCCCCAUCGAUCCGGAUGAGCUAGCCAGACGGGAGGAGGAUGCACGCUUCCAGAAGGACUUUGAGAACCAGCUUCAUAAUACCAUCUACAAGAGGAGACCUGACACGCGGCGUCGCAAGAAACGAGAUGUCCCAGGCAGCGCUAUCCAGGAUGCAGGGACGACGCCCACCACCACUAGCUUCAUCACCCCUAUACCGACCACACCCACUUCUGGAUUCAACCUCAAUGGCUCCCUGUACCCCAGCAGCCCUGCUACGGGGGUGAACGCUUCCACCACCUCCCCCUCGAGGGUGGAGGAGAGAGUCAUCGGACUGGUGGAGUCCUUCCAUGUGACGGGGUUGGAGCACUUCACAGAGUACUUCAUCACCCUGCAAGCCUGUAACUCCAAGGAUUGCAGUCGUGCUGCGGCCAUGUAUGGACGUUCACUGCCUAAAGAAUCAGCCGACCAGAUCGAGUCUGCCGUGAUGAUAAACCACACCUCAACAGACAGAGUCCACCUGACUUGGGCCGAGCCUAGCAACCCUAAUGGCAUCAUCGUCAUCCAUGAGAUUAGGUUUGAGAUGAUGGAUUCAACAGAGAACACCGAAUGUGUGUCAGCAGAGGGUUACAAACGAGUGUUAGGAGCGGAACUACUGGGGUUAAAGGUCGGUAACUACACAGCGAUGGUGAGGGCGGUAUCACUCGCUGGCGAGGGUCCGUGGACCAAACCUGUCAUGUUCAGUGUACCUGAUAUAACAAACAAUCCUACGUAUGAACCUGAUAAAGCCCUACCUCCUAUGAUGGGAGUAACGAUAGCAGUCAGCAUUGCAGCAGUUAUCAUCAUCAUCGUCUUCAUCAUUAUCUUCCUAAGAUGGCACUAUCGUAAAGACCAAAUGCCUGAUGGUGUUCUCUAUGCGUCUGUCAAUCCAGAAUACAUGAGCACCAGUGAUAUGUAUGUAGCCGAUGAGUGGGAGUUCCCCCGUGACAAGCUAGAGAUCAUCCGAGAGCUAGGCAAGGGCAGCUUUGGUAUGGUGUACGAGGGUCUGGCUAAGGGCAUCCUACCGGAGGAAGAAGAGAUCUCUAGGGUGGCAAUCAAGUCUGUUCAGGCCAACGCUUCCAUGAGAGACAGGAUUGAGUUCUUGAAUGAAGCAUCCGUCAUGAAACUUAUUGAUGCACACAAUGUCGUGAGGUUGCUAGGCGUUGUGUCAAAAGGUCAACCAACAUACGUCAUAAUGGAGUUCAUGGCGCAGGGUGACCUCAAAAACUGGUUGAGAGCAAGGAGACCUGAGAACCAACAAGACUUACCACUGAUAGAUCGUAAGAGCGUCCCUACCCUAGAGCAGCUCCUCAACAUGGCCGCUGAGAUCGCUGAUGGGAUGUCUUUCUUAGCAGCCAGGAAAUACGUUCACAGAGAUCUGUCGGCCAGGAAUUGUCUUGUAUCCGGAGAGGGAACGUGUAAAGUAGCAGAUUUUGGUUUAGCACGAGACAUCUAUCAGUCUGAUUACUACCGUAAGGAGAGAGGUGGAAUGCUACCUAUCAGAUGGAUGGCUCCAGAAUCUGUCAAGGAUGGUGUAUUCCAAGCAAGCUCAGAUGUCUGGUCAUUUGGUAUUUUAUUAUGGGAGAUGGCAACAUUAGGAGAGCUGCCCUACCAAGGCCUAUCAAACGAAGAAGCUGGAGAAUAUAUCAAAGGAGGCAAUGUACUACGACCACCAGAAAACUGCCCAGAAAAAAUGCAAGAAAUCAUGAUGGCCUGCUGGCAGUAUCAGGAGAAGCUAAGACCGUUGUUUGGCGAGAUAAUACUUAACUUGCAGGAUUAUGGCCUUCUCCGUGAUUCCUUUGCCCAAAACUGCUUCUUCCUCAACGAGCAGCUGAACGCCAGCGCGGCCCCUGCUGAUAUGAGUUCCAAGGAGCUUGAGACUGUCUCUAUAUUAGAUCAGAAUGCAAAAAACAAUGAGAACCUCUAUACCAGUAUGUCUAACAACAAACCAGAGGGAGCUAGCAAUGGGGGAAAUAGAGCCGGCGGUAGCGUAGAGGUACCCAUAGUAACGGGACCCUCAUCAUCACCGAAGGAUCGCAACGGCAGCCUGACGGGGAACGGCUCGAUACCGCACGGGGUAGGGGUAGGAAAGUGCACGGAAUGCUGAGGGUGGGCGUGUCUUGGAAUUCUUUUUUGCAUCCUUUGAGAUAGAGAAGUGAGAAGGAGCCAUUGUGAACUGGUUGAAUGCCUUGCUGCAGUCACAUUGGACUCGAUGAAUAGGAUGAUAUGAGGAGAAUACAAGACAAGACAUGGAAUUGAAAGGAAAACCGGUGUCACCGAGUGAUCGCAUCUGAGCCAUCUCGAGAAAUGGAUUGGUAUAAAGACUUCAUCGUUUAAGAAGCGGUUACCAUGGGAACAGCCGAGAGAUGGAGACUGGUAGAUCCAGAAUGGUUGUGGAGGGCAAAUGGUAGAUGAGCGAAAGAAAAAGCAGUAUUAAGAGAGGAUAAAUGAAGUAGCAGAUAAAGGCAAAACUCAGCAGAUGUGGCAGUGUUUUGAAAUUAAGUUUUGGUCUUAAGUGCAAACAUAUUGCUUGCUAAUUGAGAUCUUGAGAGGUUGUGCAAACAAAGAUAUCCAGUUUAUUAAUUUGUCAUUAAGUAAAAGAUGUCAGCUGUGAUAGUAAUGCCAGGGUCUGAUUGCUAAUUGGACCAAUAUCAGCUUCAGAUGAGGAUUCAUUUGGACAAUUAAACUCUGCCUUUUAUAUCAGUGACUUUUCCACUUUCUUUCUCUCUCUUUCUCUCUCGCUCUCCCCUCUUCAUUU